CGUACACACCCACGCGGAAGUCGUUUUUAAUCAUGCGCAAAAUGUUCACCCACAGUGUUGGUAGCUAAAGAAUAUCGAUUAAAAAGAAUUUCUCUAUGUGUUGAGCAGUGGACACACGGGUUUAGGACAUCACAGUCGCUAAUGAUGAAACUCAAAGAGCUGGAGAGUUGCCUACAGCAAGUGGACGCAUUUGAGGAGCCUAAAAUCCUUCUUGAGCAAUAUCCAACCAGUCCUCAUAUUGCAGCAUGCAUGCUUUACACAAUCCAGAGCACAUUUGAUGACAUUGAGGGUAAACUCGUGGCAGAUCUGGGAUGUGGCUGCGGUGUCCUCAGCAUCGGGGCUGCGAUGCUCGAUGCAGGUUUGUGCGUUGGCUUCGACAUUGACGAAGAUGCACUGGACAUAUUCAGAAGAAAUGCGGAGGAGUUUGAGAUUUCGAACGUGGAUCUGGUCCAGUGUGACCUGUGUUCUCUGGAGCCAGAUGCUUAUGCCAAAAAGUUUGACACUGUAAUAAUGAAUCCACCAUUUGGGACAAAACACAACCAAGGGAUGGACAUGAAGUUCCUAAAAGCCGCUUUAACAAUGGCAAAGACAGCAGUUUACUCGCUUCAUAAAACAUCAACACGGGAGCACAUACAAAAGAAGGCAAAUGACUGGGGAGUAAAGAUGGAAGUAAUAGCAGAGCUAAGAUAUGACUUGCCAGCAUCUUACAAGUUCCACAAAAAGAAAUCGGUUGACAUCCAGGUGGACUUCCUACGAUUCUCCAAAGCCUGAAGUUUUCACUGGAAUGGAUUUAAGUUGACUCUGCAUUUUCACUGUUUAUAAUAAAUGUUUUCACAAAAGAAAAAA